CUCAAAAUUGUUAAUCAAGCCCAGUUAUAACCUACACUGUGCAUAUUUUUCUGGAACGUCUGCCAAAUAGCCCGUGUCACUGAACACGCGUAGUAGAAAAAAAUAUACCGAUCAUGAAGCGAAUCUAACAAACAAUACCAAAUAUUUAACUAAAGCUGUGGUUUACCCAUUUGAAGUACUUUUUGCUCAUGUUAGUUUUAGUGUGGAUAUGUCUAAGAACUGAUAAAGUCAUGUGACCUAGGUCUAUUGAAUUAAAUAUUGUUAGAGCUCACCAUGACGUAAAAUCAAUCAAAAAUCAUAUAACCAACUCAGCGGCUAAUGAAAAUAUUAUAAAACGCUAUUGGAAAUGGCUUUUAACCUUUAACCUUUAACCUUUUUGCUUUUUAAAUAUCAUCAUUGUUUCAAGAAUGGUUCAAACUUCUACAGUUGCUGGUUCUGCAAGAAUUUUCCAACUCUUAUUCUCAAUCGUUUCAUUAGCACUCAAUGGUAAAUUAACAACAAAUAAAUCAAGUUUAUCAUCAUUAGUCUCCGACCUAAACUCCAAUGCCAAUUCAUCUUUAUCCAUCCUCCAUAACACAGCAUCAGAUGGACUUUCAUUAACUUCAUCAGGUUUCACUUUAACUUCUCAACCAUUCUUUUCUUUAGUCCGUUUUUUCACAACAGAUAUUGAACAUGAGUUACCAGAAUUGAAUAAUGCAAGAUUUGGUAUUGAUAAAUUACAAACAUCAUACUUGGCUGGUAUUUCAGGUGGUGAAAUUGGAUCAGUAAGUUUAUGGUUUGGAACGUUUGUUUAUCAAACUGCUAAAUAUGGAUCUUGGGACUGUUCAAACCCUGAAAAUUUAAUAUCUCAGUAUAAUCUAACUGGUGAUGCUUCAAAGCAAAAUUUGAAUGAGUUUUUAGGGGUGAGUUAUGAUGGACAAGAUGAAUCGUUACAAAAUGCCACAAGUGAUGAUGAGAUUAACGAGUUAUUGGGACAGUUGUGGAAUUUAACUUCUGAACCUAUAAACAUUUCGAGAUAUAAUGCAAGUGGAGAGUUAACCAAGAGUGAGUUGAUGGUUAAACUAAGUCAAGAUUGUUAUAUUAAGAAAGCUUCAAUUGGUGUUUCAUUCUUAGGGUUUGUUGUGUUUCUUGUUUCAAGUGGUGCAGUUUCAUAUAGUUUUAUGAAUCUAUACCAACAGUUGAAAACAAAAUGGAUGUCAACUACAAGUGAUGGAGAGAAAAAAGCAGAUGGUGGUGAACGAGAGGAGAGUGACAGUACUCCAACAGCUCCAAAGAAAUAUAGGUUUGGAUAUAGCUAUGCAAACAUUUUCCCUAGUGUUGAAUUUGAUGAUUAGUUCUACAAGACUUGAACCAGCUAUGGAUGUUUUUUUAUAAUAUUUAUGUGAUAGAUAUGCGAAUGCUAAGUACCUUUGCAGGUUUAAAUUAAUAAUUAAUAUAUAAAUGCAAUGAAUAUACCC